AUGAUUUGUUGGUAUAUUAUCGGUCGCACGUGUUACUCAUCAUUCUUCUUCAUCUUCUCUCUCCGUCGAAGUCUCAACUUCAUCGGCUUCGCGCAAUGUCGAAGAGAAGGAAAAGGAAGUCGAAACCGGCAAGUGAUAGAAUCACAGGCAAUAGAAGAGCUGCUGCUGAGGUGAAAAGUGAAAAUUUGAAGCAGCAAGCCUGGGCCGAUCUCCCUGUUGAACUCUUAGAGUUGAUCUUGUCUCGUUUGAUUGUAGUGGAUAAUGUUCGUGCUUCUGUUGUUUGCAAGAGAUGGCAUUCAGUUGCCAGUUCUGUACGUGCAGCGGACCAAUCACCUUGGCUUAUGUAUUUCCCAAAAAGUGAUAACUGUUAUGACUUCUAUGACCCUGUGCAGCGUAAGACCUAUUCCCUUGAGUUUCCAGAGUUGGAUGAAUGUCGUGUUUGCUAUACAAAAGAUGGUUGGUUAUUGCUAUGUCGGGAGCAGUGGGCCAUAUAUCACCAUUUUUCUCUCUUUAAUCCCUUUACUAGGGAGCUGAUCAAGCUGCCAAGAUUUGAAAGGUCAUACUACAAUGCUGCCUUCUCUUGUGCUCCAACAUCAGCUAAAUGUGUUAUCUUAACUGUUAAACACGUUAACCCUACUCUUGUAGCUAUCAGCACAUGUUAUCCUGGGGCAAAUGAAUGGACAACUGUUAAUUACCAACACCGCUCAGUUUUUGUCAUUAGCAUAUGGGAUAAGCUUGUCUUUUCUAAUGGGUUAUUUUAUUGUCUAAGCCCCACUGGUUGGCUAGGGGUGUUUGACCCACUUGAACGUACUUGGAGUGUUCUGGAAAUACCUCCACCCAAAUGCCUAGUAGAGAAUUUUAUAACCAAAGACUGGCGGAAAGGGAAAUUUAUAACAGCACACGAAGGAAAUAUAUUUGUAAUUCAUAUAUGUUGUGGUGAGGACCCAAUUAUUUUCAAGUUAGACCAGACACUAAUGGAAUGGAAAGAGGUGAAAACGCUUGGUGGAGUGACACUUUUUGCUAGUUUUUUGUCAUCUCAUUCCAGGACUUACAUCACUGGUAUAAUGCGAAACAGUGUCUACUUCUCUAAAGUACGUUUCUAUGGAAAGCGUUGCAUAUCAUUCUCUCUUGAUGAGCAUAGAUAUUAUCCCAAUAAGCAGUGUCAUGACUGGGUAGAACGGAAUGCUUUUGAUACCAUCUGGAUUGAACCACCUAAAGACUUUGCUGGCUGGAUGUAAAAUAAUUUAGCAGAGGAAGUAAGCAUUUCUAAAAUCAGUGUUGUGUUGAGCUUUUCUUUUUAUCAUUGAAGCUUUUGACUGCAUAUUAUAGUUGGGGUACAUGCUUUUGUAGGCUGUAGCUAUUAUAUUAAGAUAUUUAUGGAAGCACUAGUUUAUGCUUUACUUAUUA